AUGGGAUUCCUAAAGAGCCCGAUAGACUUGUCCAAAUGGGAUCGAUAUGUGUAUACGGCUAUUUUGUUUGGAAGUGGCAUUUCCUAUGCCAUUGUAUAUUCGGUAUAUUCGCCGAUUAUGGUUGACAUGAAAUUCAUACUCAACACUACUAUGAAAUGGGUGUCACUGUUCACCUCAUUUAAAACCAGUGGUUAUAUUCUGGGAACUUUCGACAGUUAA